AUGUUAGUGCUUCAGCUGAACCUGAACCACUGUAGGGCGGCCCAAGAUGUGCUGUCACAGACGGCGAGGGAGACGAAGGCGGACAUAGCGCUCCUAAGCGAGCCCCAUAGGACUGGCUCAGACAACCGCUGGGCAGUUGACCUAUCGGGGAAGGCCGCCAUCUGGAGCUGCGGCGCAACCGGCGCGACAAUGCACUCAGUGCACAGUGCGGAGGGAUUUGUAAGGGCUCGGAUAGGUGGGGCAUGGCUGUACAGCUGCUACAUGGCACCUAGCCUAACCACCAUUGAGUUUGAGCGCAUGAUGGACUGCCUAGGAAAUGACAUCAGAGGCCGUUCUGACGUCCUUGUAGCAGGGGACUUCAACGCAUGGGCGCAGGACUGGGGCUGCCCGAGGACAAAUGCGAGAGGGAGAAUGGUCAGAGAAACCUUUGCCUCACUCGAUCUCGUCCUGCUGAACGAAGGAAACCAGCACACCUUCAGCAGAGCCGGAGCAGAAUCCAUCAUUGACCUGACAGGGAACAGAGGGAACCAAGGCUACAGAGUCGGUACGCUCCAGGCGAGGAACUUUACCGAGGCAGCACGUGACAUCGGCAACGUCCCACCAAGCGGAGCCAACGAAAUGGCUGACACCCUUGCAGCUAAGCUUGAGGCAGCGUGCAUGGCGAGCAUGCAGCGGAGAAGCCGCUACCGCAGAAACCACGCUCCUGUUUACUGGUGGAGCGAGGAGAUUGGCACCAUCCGAGCUGAGUGCGUGAGAGCAAGGAGGCUUAUGCAGCGAGCGAGAAGCAGCGACGCCUUUGAGGAGCGGCAUCAAGCCUUCAAGGACCGGCGCAAAGCAUUGAAGGUGGCCAUCCGAGAUAGUAAAAGGAAAUGCUUCCUGGAGUUGUGUGACUCAGCGGAGGAAAAUCCAUGGGGCAACGCGUACCGGAUAGUGGUGAAGAGGCUGCGCGCAGGAAACCAGUCCCCCAAGGACCCGAACGUGCUAAGGACCAUAGUGCAAGCACUGUUCCCAGCCGGCAACCAGGUCACCCAGCUUCCCACCCCCCCAGCAGACAAUGAAGCGACUGAGGAGGAAUUACCGAGAAUAAAGAAAAAAUGCCCCAAUGACUGCAGAGGACCCCUGGAAUCACCCUUCUGCGAACAAACCUGUGCCAGCACCGGUGCCCCAACAACCAAAUAA